ACACAGCAGUGAUGGGAUAAAAUACGACGCAGUCAUGAACUUGCAGUGCAGCGAGGACUGUGUGGAGGUGGACAGCCAGCCAAGUACAUGCCAGUCUGAAGCAAGGAGUGUGAGCGAUCUUCCAUAAUUAUUAGCUGGAUGGGUUUUUUUAAGCCUGAGAAGAAGGAGACGGAAGAAUGUUUUCAACAGCAGACUCCCAAAAUGUGAACAGGAUCAGGGCCCAUGAAUAAAUACCUUUCUAAAUGACAGUUCUACACUUGACAAGGACACAAUGACUUACAGCCCUUUUGGAAAUACUUGAGAUAUGUUAGAAUACUGCAGUCAAUAUUGCACAGUGUUCAAAAUGUAUAAGGGGAUAGAUUGCAACUCAGACAUACUAAAUAUAUGAUCAAAACAUAAGUAAAGAAAUCCAGAGGAAAAGACAAACUGCCCCACAGAGGAUGGAUUGGACAUUCUAUCAAUUGUCAAAAUAGAGAGUAUAAAGAGGUAUAAAGAAGAUUCAAGCUAAAUAGCUGUAAAGAGCACUGCUCAUAGUUCUUCUAUAAUCAGGAAGAACAACAACAGAAAGUCAAUGGGCAAAUAAAACCCUAUCAUGGGGAAGAAAGUUACAACAUUGUAACAAGUGACUGAACCUCAGCCUUCCUGGCCAAGAUGAGUGUUUCUAAGCCCAGUGAGGAUUUCCUUCUUAGGGGGGAAAAUGGAUCCAGCAUGAGGCUCUCUCUUCACAGUGCAGGAGACCACAAUGGGAAUGCUUUACCAAUUGCCUCUUCCCCCUCCUCUUCUUCCUGCUCUUCCUCCUGUUUGGGGGAGUCAUCUCCUGAGUCCCUGCGGAGUCUGAGCAGCCUCAGUGGGGACAGGACUGACAGCCCACUGGAUUAUGACAUGUUUGAGGUAAUGGCGACAGAGAUGACCAAAACAGACAAAAUAACAGAUCUUGUCAUUUCAAAAUGGGUGCCAGAGAAGGAAGGUAAACCAGAUGACAAUGAUGAUGUCCCUGUGGGAAAGAUACAAACAGCAACAGAGCUAUCAGAAUCCAACGACAACUCUGAGUCUGUUUACCUGGACGCAAACAGCUGUGAAUACCGCCAAGACACCUGGGACGACAAUGACAACCUGACUCUGGCCCUGUCCCAGGUGACAAACAGCAGUAGCCGUUACAAUAAUGAUGAACUCAGCAGUGGAAGCAGUAAUGGGCGAAGGCAUGGCUCCUCAACUCCAGACUCAGAUGUAACAGAAAUCCCUGCUGAUGAUGAUGAUGAAGAGGAUACUUUGUUUCUGUCUGUGAGCUCUGACAUGGGUGUGAGGAGAAGAAGCAUGACCCUCACAAGCUCAACUAGUCAACUCAGCGCCAGCCUGAUGAACCCAGGUGGCUCUGCUGCGACAACAGAGGGGGCUCUGGCUGUGAGUGGAGCUGAUGAUGAGAGCUCAGAGCUGGUGGUAGAAGGGUUUGGAGUUCCCUGUCCCCUUGGUCUACCUGUGGAAAGCCAGACAGAGUCUCCUGAGGACCUUUGUGAAACCACCCAGAUAUUGUCUUCAUCUCUCUCUUUUACCAAUCUAGAUAAUGAUCCUAAUGAAGUCCUAUCUCCUCCACCUGAGGAAGCUGAAAGAUGUGCAGUUAGCCCCAAGCCCUCCCGACCUACCACCAGUCAGCCAGCCAGAGCAGAAAAAACCAAACCAACCGCUGCUGCUUCAACUGCUCCAAAGACAGCUGUGUUCACAGCCAUCAGACCUCCCAGUGUGGAAACAAAAAGAGUUUCCAAACUGGAUCUAAAAGAUGUUGAGGCUAAAAUUGGAUCACGGUCCACCCUGUCUCUACCUAAAACACCCAACCAGCAGAACAAAUUUGCGCCAGCCAAUGGAAAGAGAGUUGUUACUAGGAAGGAAGAAGCACAGACUGGGGAUGGGGGUAAAAAGCAAAGGUCAUCUGCAGAUCCAGUCAAAGUGACUGUGUUGCGGAAAUCCAUUAGAGUAAAGUGCAGUCACCUCAAAACCAACCACAAUGGCUCUGCUCAGCCAGAGAGGAAGAGUUUGGCCGUCAGUCAAACUCUCUCUACUUCAACCAGCUCUCCGGGGUCUGAGUUGGUUGAGGAAGGAUCCCUGGACACUACCAGGAAAGCUGUCCAGGAAGUGCCUGAUAAACAUGAAACUGGAGGUGUGGAGACUAAACAUCCAAGUGAAGAUGCUCACAGAGGUAUUGAAAAUGCUUUAAAGACGGAGGCUGCUGUGGAAAAACCAAGGAAUCCUAGCAGGAAAGUCUCCUCCAAGCUGGGGCCCAGUGCCAGGCAGCAGGGGAGAGGCACCAGAGUGUAUAAGGGGCCCUCAGGACCAGCCCCACAACCAGGGUCAGUGACAGGGACUGGACCUCCAGGACAUGGGAGCCCUGGGCCCAGGCAAACCCAGAGUGAUGGCUCCACAGUGGGAGAGGGUGAACAGAGCACUGGGAGGCAAAGCCAAAGUCAGAGUCAGGGUAUCCCCAAACCUCGCACCAACGCAGAGCGAGCAUCUGUUUUGGCUGUUCCAGAUCCCGCAACGUCCAACUCCAAACCAACAGCUAAUCAACAGCCAGCAUUGGGGGCGGUCAAACGAGCUGCCACACCCUCCACAUCAAAACUUCCUGUGAAAGGAUUACCCACAAGCUUCAGUUCCUCAGCACUAGGAUCUGGGAUCAGUGGAGCCAUAAGCAAAGGAGCUCCAGCACCAACAGGGACCAAGCCAGAUGAGCAGCCCAGCAAAAGCACACUUCCUGUGGGCAACCAAUGCACGGCAAAGCCCCUCAUCUCCAGCACUGCAGCUACCACCAAUACCAAUACUCCCAGUGACGCACUUCCCAGUAGCAUCACUGCCGCUCCAAAGCCUCCUGCACUGAGGAACAGAGCUCUGUCACUGCAGGCCAGGGCCACUGCUACAGGUCUGAAGACCCCAAUAGUCACCAGCCACAACACAGCAAAGACAGCUCCUGCUGCCAAUCAGGGCCUGACAAAGCAGGUAUCCCAGUAUCCCUUGCAAAGAAGCGGCUCAGCAAGACUCAGUCGACUGAACAGCGCAGUGGACAAAAACAAGCCUCGGGAGGCGCCAGCAAGACCAACAAACACCAACAGCAGCUCACAGGUAGUAGCACCUGGAGGAGGAAACAGCCAGAAAAAGCACCAACCUCCACCUGACCUGGUACCAGAGGUGGUGAAUGCUAAUGCAGCAGUGGCAGCAGUUGUCCAAGUGCCAGAAACAGACACCACCAACACUGGGUCAGGCACCACUGGAGCAUCUGGUCUUGGAUUUAAAGCCAAAACCGGGUCAAGAUCCAGCCCCAAAACAGGAUCCCGCCUACAUAAUGCAUCCAAGCCUGGCACAGCCGGGACUGUUGUGGCAGACCGGAUGGUCACUGCUAAACAGAACCAGAACCAGAAAGAGCAGGCAGAGAAGAAGAACCAGGCCAUCAACCAGCUGAGAAAUAUGCUCGUCCAGGGGAAUAAGAGAGUGGAGGCUCUGGCUACAGUCAUCCAGCAUCUCUUCACUGAGCGCGAGGAGGCUUUGAAGCAGAAGAAGGGGUUGUCGCUGGAACUGGCAAACCUCCGAGAGGAGUUGGUUUCAUCAUCACAGUGCUGCGACCGACUGCAGAAGGAGAAGGAGGAAGUGCGCGUCAGCUUGGAGGAGGCCUUGAACAGGCAGGAGGAGCACCACAAGGAGGAGCUAGUGCAGCUGGAGGACAGAUUGAGGAGCUUUUACCAAACAGAGUGGGACAAAGUCCACCAGACGUACCAGGAGGAGGCUGACAAAUGCCGCAUGUUAAUGGAACAGCAGGUGGAGGAGCUGAGGAGCCAACAGGAAGCAGAGAGAAAGAAUCAGGAAAUGAGUCACAGCCAGAAUAUGGAGUCUCUCAAACUGGAGUAUGAGACCUCCACACAAGAGCUAAAGAGAAUCCAGCAGACAGACCUGGAGAACCUGAAUAAAACUCUGAAGGAGACUGAAACAUCUCUCUCUGAGAAAAUAUCUGAGCUGUCAGCAGAGAAGGCAGCUCUGAAUGAGAAGCUGAAAGCAGAGGAGGAGAGGAGGAAGCAAAUACUCACUGACAAAAAUCUGAAGGACUCCCACACAGUCUACCUGGAGCAGGAGCUGGAGAGUCUUAAGGUGGUGUUGGAGAUCAAGAACAACCAGCUGCACCAUAAGGAGAAGAAGCUCAUGGAAAUGGACAAACUGUUGGAGACUAAUGUGAAACUGCAGGAGUGUCUGACGAAGGUCCAACAGGAGAACGAGGACUACAAGGCCAGGAUGGACAAACACGCUGCUCUCUCCAAGCAGCUGUCCAGUGAACAGGCCAUUCUCCAGCAGACACUGCAGAAAGAGUCCAAGGUCAACAAGCGUCUGUCCAUGGAGAAUGAGGAGCUACUGUGGAAGCUGCACAACGGUGACCUGCUGGCGAGUCCCCGCCGCCUCUCACCCACCUCACCCUUCAACUCACCACAGAACUCUGCCUCCUUCCCCACAACUGCACCUGUAUCGCCCAGAUAACCCCAUCAACAAGCGACAACCCCUUUCUCCUUCUGCUUCUCCUCAUAACCUUUACAAGCCUCACAGAGCUGUUUCAAAUACAGAGGAAGACUUCAGUCACAGCAGUGUUGUUGGAUAUUAAUGAUAAACUUGUACAUUUGGAAUAAAUUGCAUUAAAGACGCUUAUUUUGAAAGCGAAAAGACAUUGCAGUGGCACCGAUGCACUUAAGUCUGAGAGUGGGACUGGCCUUGUUCUCUACCAAAUGCCUGGUUUUCAAAAAAGAAGAAAACAAAUAACAGGCACACCUCAGGGUCUGUACUUGGCGCCUCACUCUUGUUUUGACUAUUCCUACCUUUUAUUUCUAAAAUGUUGUACAGUUUAAGUUCAGUUCAUCCUGCUCUUUUAUACCACUCUUGCUAAAGGAGUGGAUAAGAGAAAACCUUGGAUUUGUGGCAUAUGUAGGUUUGUGAAAACAUACUCAAAGUUGUUUGGGUUUGGCAUAAUCAUAAAAUGACGGGUACUUCUUGAUUAGCAUGGAUUCUUUUGCUUUUUCCCUUCUUUUAAAGAGGAUGUUUUUUUCCCUAAAGAGCAAAGCUCAAUCACUUCAAUCAAUCUGCUUUGGACCUCUGAAAGAAGUGGAUGAACUUGAUGUCCUACUGUGGGCAAACAGGAAAAAAUAUUCAGUUUGUUCAUUUGAGGAACUGACCUUUACUGACAUGAACUUUUCAUCCAAAGGAUAUCUGUUCCUCCGUGUAAGCUCCUCACAACCCUCUACCUUAAUCAACUAUGUGGAAUGUAAUCACCCUCGGAUGUUAAAUCUGAGCAGGCAUCUCAGAGCCAAAUAUGCAGAAGUGUUUGCCAGGAAAGUGUUCACCCCCCUCCCCCUUUACUUUUUCCUUUAAAUCUCUCAUUAACAAAGGCAUACGACUCCCCCACCUCCUCUAAAAUCACCUUGUGUCCAAACAGAAACAUAUCUGUUUUUGCUUUGGGUCACAUAUAAAAUCACCAGAACAACUCCCAGACUCUGUAACUGACCGAUAACAGGCCUGUUUGAAAAAUCUCCAAUUGCCUCAGUUCACCAUGUUUUAUUUUGAACACAGAAUAAAUACAAUAUGACAUUAGAUUAAAGCAACAUUGUUUUAUUUUGAACAUUAAAA